CUUUCAAUCUUCAUAUAUGAUACACUGAAACACAAGUAAGUUUAAAAAAUCAAGAUGAAGAAUUUGAGUUUGAUUCUAAUAUUUCUAGUCCUAUUGCUCCUAAAUACCGAGCAAGGGAAUGCUCUUGAUUGCGGACAAGUACAGUCAUCUGUACACCCUUGUGAGGCAUAUCUCCUCAAAGGUGCUAACGAGCCAUCAGCUGGUUGUUGCAGUGGCGUUAGAUCUAUAAGAGAUUCGGCAACCACUGUUGAAGAACGACGUGCUGCAUGUGAGUGCUUGGAAAAAUUUGCUAACAAGUACCCUAACGUUAGAGAUGAUUUAAUUGCCUCAGUUCCAGUACGUUGCGGUGUUGACUUAGGUUAUCCUAUAAGCAAAGCCAUGAAUUGCAAUGACAUUCCUUGAACUCAAUGGAGAUAAUAAUAAACUGAACAGGGUGGACACAUGGUUGUUCUUAUAAAAAUAAUACAAACCCUGUAUAAGUAUGUUCUAUGGUGGUGUAAAAUUUAAUGUUUUCUAGUCAAUGUUUAUUUUUGAAAAUAAAAAUUAUAAAAAAAUAACAAAAUUAGUUUUUUAAUAAAUAAAAAUAUAUUGAAAAUAUGAGUACAAGAGAUACUCCAACCCAAUAGAACAAUGAUUUAGACAAAAAAACCCAAACAGAAAAAACAAUAGCUCAAUCCUCUUUUUAAAAUAAUUUACAUAAAGUUCUCAUAUGAUUAACAAUGUGAAUGAAUCAUAUUUCUAUA